GUGGUGACAGGACUCUCUGGGGGCCACUAUGAUGUAUGUAUUUUAUCCACACCGUCCAUCCGUUUUGCCAGCUCGGAAUGAGCGCAAAAUUGAAGUAUAUACAGCUCAAGUGGACCACAUCACAGGAACGGUCAGGAUACUGACGUACACCAUUGAAACCUUCGUAGGGCCUACUCGCGAUGUUUAUCUUCCAUCCAACCUGUUCAUAACGUUACACAUACCUGGAUGAAUGGAAAACACAAAUAUCAGCUUGAUCAAAAACUUCAGUGGUCCCCAAAAAUUUUUCAACGGCAGGCAUUCAAUCUGCACUAUUUCCUAUGGUGUGGUCCACUUGAGCUAUAGAUAUACUUCAAUUUCGUGCUUAUGGAAUAAAAUGAUCUGGAAAAACAGAUGGACGGCAUGGAUAAAACAAAUACAUCACGGUGGGCCCCACAUGGUCCUGAGUCGGGUCACCACCCAAUCCGCGUCCGACUCGCCAUCCUUCCGUCCGCCACGUGGCGCAUUCUCCCGCCCAUUGCUUCCCCUUCUUAAGUCUACCCGCUCGUUGUUCUAACUUCCUCUCUCCCCUCUCCAAACCAAUUCAAACCUUCCAUUUUUCAGCCUCAAAAAAGAAAAAGAAAAAGAAAAAGAAUUCAAAACUCUCCAUUGUUUAAUGCAAUCAAUGUCUUUUCUCUAGAGAGAGAGAGAGAGAGAGAGAGAGAGAGAGAGGGAUGCUGCAGAGAGCUGCCAGCAACGCUUAUUCCUGGUGGUGGGCCAGCCACGUCAGGACAAAGCAGGGAAAAUGGCUGGAACAAGGACUCCACGAUAUGGAAGAGAAAGUGAAGUUCAUUCUCCAAAUCAUUGAGGAGGAUGGGGAUUCCUUCGCCAAGAGGGCGGAGAUGUACUACAAAAAAAGACCCGAGCUUCUAAACUUCGUAGAAGAGUCUUACCGAGCUUACAGAGCGUUGGCCGAAAGAUAUGAACACAUUUCAAGAGAAUUGCACAAUGCCAACAAGACCAUUGCAAACGUCUGUCCUGACCAAGUUGAAUUUGAAAUGGACGAUGAUGCAGAUGACGAUCAAGUGCCUGAAAAGCUGCCGAAUCCACCGUCUCCAGCGCCCGAACAGCUGCCGAAACCACCAUCUCCAGAUCCCAGCAAGAUUCAAAAGCCAGUGCCUGAAAACCCAAAUUUUAAUUUGAAGGCUAAUGCACCGAGGAAAGAUCGGAAAAGUGCAUUGCCCCCAAAACCAAAGAAACCUCAAUCUAAAAAGAUUGCUUCUCAAAAGAGCAAAGAUGAGGCACACGAAAAGAUCGAUAAGCUUCAGAAGGGGAUCUUGCUUUUGCAGACCGAGAAGGAAUUCGUCAAGAGCUCGUAUGAGAGCGCGCUCGCAAAGUACUGGGACAUUGACAAUCAGAUCAUAGAGAUGCAAGAGGAGAUUUGCAGCUUGCAAGAUGAAUUCAGUGUCGAUGCAGAUGAAACAGUGAUCGAAGACAAUGAGGCUCGGGCUCUAAUGAUGGCCAUGGCUCUAAAAUCGUGUAAAGAUACCUUAGUUCAGUUGCGGGAGCGACAGAAGAGAUCGAUGAGAGAUGGGAGAGUAGAGUCACAAAGGGUUAACAAUGCCAAAGAGAGGUUGAAGGCUCUCAAGGACGGAUCUCUUGAGCAUUGGACUGAAAACGGGAAGCUCUCGGAUUCCACCGCUGAGAACUCAGAGGGAGAUUUUUGUGUCCUGAAACAAGAACGAUUAGAAUUGCAAUCGAUAUGCGAGAAAAUCAAGGGAUAUUUUGAUAUGAAUUCUAAUACAACUACAACUGUGAUGGAACUUGUGGAGAUGGUGGAUGGACUUGUAACUGUAGUCCUUGGAUUGGAAACCACAGUUUCAUCACAGACUGCUGCAGUGGAGAGAUUGAGAUCUGAAAUGGAUGAACUUCAGAAGUGCUUAAUCGGCUUGGAAGAAGAUAAGGAUUGGAGUGGCAAGGUAACAGAACUGGAAGAGGAGCUGCAUGGAGUGCAGGAUCUCAACCAAUCUGUCAAAGAUCGGAACAAUGAGCUUUCGAGGAGUUUUACAGAAACAUGUCAUACCUUCAAUGGUCUCUUUGAGAAACUUGAUCCACCUAAACAAAAGGAUGAAGAAGUUGAGAUUACAGGUUCAUCCAAAGAGAGAGUUUCCCUCAAUGCGGGCAGACCGCAUGAACCGGCCCAAGAAGGGGAAGCUACUAUCCAUUCGGUAAAUUCGAUGGACAAGACAAGAGCACUAGAAGUGGAUGGAAUUGAUAUCGGGACGUACAAACAACUCACAGAAGAAGAUUCACUGGACUGGCAGCAGCUAUUCUUAAAUGGGUUGGAAGAUCGCGAGAAGAUUUUGAUGAUGGAGUACACAUCUAUCCUUCGUAAUUAUAAGGAAACGAAGUUAAGGCUCUCUGAAAUGGAGAAGAGAAGCCAAGAAACACUUGCGAAGGUUACGGAAUUAAACAGCUCCAAUGCCACAAAGGAUGUGGAGAUUUGGUCUCUAAGACAGAAACUGGGCCUUCCCCAUACAAGCUCGCUUGGAAACCCUGACACCGACACCCAUUUGAUAGAGUUGAAAGAUUCAGCAGUAAACAGAUCGAAAUCUUCCGACUACGAUGCAAAGACGACAUACUUCCCAAGUAACAAGAUUUUGGCAGAGCUAUUAUACGAGCAAAAUGGCAAGUCCAUAGCAAGAAGAGGUUAUUCAAGCACAUCGAUGCUAACAGAAACUCCACCUAAGAAAGAAGGUAGCACGGUAGCAACUGAAGAAAAGCAUGUCCCUUCUGGGAUUGAAGAGAAAUUCCGACGGGACAUUGACCAACUGCUGGAGGAGAAUCUCCAGUUCUGGUUGAGAUUCAGCUCAUCAUUUCAUCAGAUACAGAAAUUCCAAACAGUCGUACAAGAACUCCAAACUGAAGUAUCAAAAUUGAGGAAGGAAAGCAAGAAGCAAGACAGCAGCACGAAGCAGCAAGACAGCAGCACCAAUGCUUCGGACCUGCCGUCCACGGAAGCGGUCCAGAUCAACAAACGGAUCAAAGAUGUACAGACUGAGUUGUUCCUCUGGUUAGAACAGAAUGUACUAAUGAAGGAAGAACUGCAGUGCAGAAUGUCAUCCCUAGGCAACAUACGAGAAGAGAUCUCAAAAGCUUUGAAGACUUGCUCUGAAUCAGAAAAAGCUGAAUUCACUUCCCAUCAGGCUUCAAAGUUUCAAGGGGAGAUUCGGAACAUGCAACAAGAGAAUAAUAAGGUUUCCGAUGAACUGCAGGCUGGCUUAGAUCAUGUGAGGAAACUUCAAAUAGAAAUACAGAAGCUGUCAAAAAUGCGUGGGAUCGAGCCAUUGGGAUCGAAAAACAGUAAUAACCGAUACCACAAUGUGAGAUACUCGACGAGCCGGAAUAAAAUUCCACUACGGAAUUUCAUCUUCGGUGCCAAACCCAAGAAACCAUUGGUUGGUUCGGGCGAGAAUCCGGCAGUGCAGAAACAAUUAACAGAUGGCACAGGAGACAAGUCUCCCACGUAAAUUUGUUUCGAUUCAUGGGAUUUUUUUCUACCUUCUCUGUAGAUUCUUUAUUUUCUGUUGAGAAUUCCUUUUAUUGAGAUGAAAUUCAAUGAUACAUUUUUUUAAUUGGAAAUCUGAGGUCUUUAUGCAUAUGUU